AACCAAGUCAGAUAUAUUGUUCUCGCAUCCCUCAAAAAGUACAUCAAUUUUUCUCGUCGUCUGCGAGCACCACCUGGUAGAUCGUGGUCAUCUACUUCUCCGGUUCCAACACAAGUAGUCUAAAAAGCAGUUUGAUCUUACUAAUUAUUAUUUUGGCUGCCUUGGGCCCCAUAAUUUUGUCAAGAUGGAGCAGCAUCAAAUCCACGUGUGGGAGAACACGUACCAGAUGGAACCGAAGCCCGAACAAAAAUUUUUGCCAUCACGAGUAACAGAAAUUAUCGAUAAAGUGAUGACAGAUAAACUCUCGGAGAGGUAUUUAAUAUAACUUUGAUUGCUAAGUAGAUGAAGAACAACAUGCAAGAAGAUGAUCUGUCUUUGUGAUUUUCGAAGAUGAUGUACUACAACUUACGCACUACUUUUUAGUACUUAAACUUAUAAUAUUUGGCUUAUUAGCAAUCUGAAUCUUGAUCUUCUCCAUUCGACCGCUACCUUCCCUCAUCCAUAGGGAGUACGAUCCGGAUCAGGCCAAGACAUGGACACUUGAGCUCUGUAACGAAAUCAAAGCGGCGGUGAAGCAACACGGGGAAAUUCCAAGACACAAGAUAAUAUGCCAGGUCCGUCUAGUUAUUUGGAUACCCAUCUUGUUCAUGUUAGUAUCUAAUUCAUCGCAUUUUUGGAGGACUCAAAAUGCUUGUUGACGGUGGUGUCACAACAUGUGGUGUCAUUCCUCUUUACCUACCAUUCUCGCGCUGGAGGUCAUCUCUUUCGCAUUCUCGAAACUGCAGGUAGUGAUUGGUGAAGCAGCAGGACAGGGCAUGCGAGUAGUAUCAAAGUGCCUGUGGGAUGUAAACGUGGAUAAUUGGGCGAGCUUUUCAUUCAAGAGCCCCACUAUGUUUGCGGUGGGUAUGGUCUUCGGAUGCUACUACGAGUAGGUCGAUUCUGGCAUUAGCACCAGAGGCGAGGGACCGGAUAGUCGCUUUGAACGAGUAUGAGCAUGACCACGACUAGUAAGACAACAUCAACAAAAAUUCAUCAUGUGUAUGGUGUUAAAAGAAGAUGCCAAGUGAUAUUGAUAUUCAUUCUUAAUUAAGUAGAUAGCUCGUAGACGAAGGCGAUCUGUUUUGUGCUUCUUGACUGCUCGAUUGUAAUUCACGAUCACGACAAAUUCUUUCAAGCCUCAAGAAUGUAGUCACUCACUAGUAUAAUAGACCGACGACUGAUGUUGUGUGAAUUCUCCCUAUUCCAUCUCGAGAACUACGACGAGUAUAGAUGGAUUUGACUUACAUGGACGACCACGACGAAGAUGAAGAUGAUCAAAGAGAUCAUUUUUUGCAAGCGAACGCGAUUCGAUUCAUAGAUACACCAAAGGAGGAUCCCUCCUGGAGUUCUAGAACUUGCCAAUUGGACUUGAAAACCUUCCCAGUCCGCAAAAUUAAAUCUUCUGCUGAGUCAGGUGCUCACAUUUCUGCAUGACAUUUGAACUAUGUAUCUUCAAUCUCGUGACCUUAGACUUGAUGUUGAUCCCAUGCUAUCCAUUAAGCGACGAGCGACGCUCUCAAGGUGGUUUGGUGGCAACAUCGAGAAGUUCCAC